AUGGAGAUGUGGGGGUGGACGGAAUAUCUAACAGUUUUAUGCAACCCUAAUACAGAAUCCCGUUUGAGUUCACAUGUGUUGGUAAAACAAGCUUUGAAAGCUAUUUGUAAUAGUCAAUCUGUCAAUAAUAAUAAAACAAAGGCUCCAAUAUGGGAUACAGAUGUACUGACAGAUUGGUUACAAAAUAAUUUGCCAAACACGAAUAAUUUAUUUGAAUGUUCUGCGCGUGCAGCUGUGUUAUUAUUAUUGUACUCUGGCCAUCGUGUACAUGCUCUUACAUUACUGGAUAUUGAAGACAACAAUUGCUUGUUAAAGGACGAAUCAAUAAUUUUCUGGCCUAAAUUUGGGUCCAAAACUGACACGGUAUGUAAUAGACAGUCAGGAUGGCGUAUUUAUAGAAACAAAGAUAAUCAAUCCCUAGACCCAUAUUUUUGGAUACAGAAAGUUAUUGAGUUGUCUCAGUCUAGACGUGCAAUCUGUAAAAAGAAGAAACCAAAAGAAGCUUCGAGUACUAAUAUUGGUAAUUGUGUUAAGAAGAUUUUAUGUCAAGCAGGUAUCAAAGCUAGCCCAGAAAGCUUAGAAAAGUGGGAGCGACUGACGGUAGCCGAUGCGCUAGAACCAGUGUCCUUCAACGACGGGGAGACGAUCGUCCGCCAAGGCGAGCCCGGCAACGAUUUUUACAUCAUUGUCGAAGGCACGGCGGUGGUGCUGCAGCAGCGCGGCGGCGGCGGCGCGGCGGAGGAGGUGGGGCGGCUGGGCCCGUCCGACUACUUCGGCGAGAUCGCGCUGCUGCUGGACCGGCCGCGCGCCGCCACCGUGCGCGCCGCCGGCCCGCUCAAGUGCGUCAAGCUCGACCGCGCCAGGUCUGCCCGCGCUUUUAUAUUACCUACACAAGCAACUAACGGU